CAUAGAAAAAGCUUAGAAACUUUUGUUUAGAAAUAUCGAUUUGGAAAAAGGGUUAAAAGUAUUUUUGCAAACAUUUAUUUAACAUUCAUACAUAAAAGUUUUACCGGGAUACCACGUGGACAGUUAGCAAUUAAGUUAUUUAAAAUAAUUAAUUUUUAAAAUGUGUAUGAAAAUGAAAUUUUACGACAAUGAAAUUUAACACUGAAUCAUUUACAUUGUGUUUAAAGUGAUAGUUUACAUUACAAUUUAAUUUAUUGUAUAAUUGAGACAACGUUGCCUAGAACUACAAACUACAGAUUGAGAUUUACACAUAUAUUCAUACGCACAUUUACUCGUGAUAUACAUAAAAAGAAACUUCGACAUGAGAUUGUGUGGACUGCUUGCCUUAAUUAGUGUAUCUAUUGUGAUUGUUGACAGUUCGCCUGCACUUAGUCGGCAUAAACGAGGAUUUCUAGCCGGAGUACAUGAUCGAAUGGGACAUGGUUUUGGUAAACGAACAGACCCAAUACUUUCAAGCUAUGUAGAUGACGUUGAUAAAGAUGAUUUAAUGACAGUAGAAGAUUUGGUACGACAUAUUAUGCAAAGUGAAGUGUUAGCUGAUGCCAUAGUACGAAAAUUUAUUGAUAUCAAUGAUGACGGGUCAGUCAGUUAUCAAGAACUCUUACGGAAGCUUAUGCGGUAGUGUAAAAAUGAAACGAAUCUGGAAAAGAAAUUCCGGAUUUAACAUAUCUUCAUUUGAAUCACCAUUAACAGUUUUAUAGCCCUGGUUGGCAGCAUAUAUCUCCUGAAAUUAUAUUUAUUUGCUUCAAAUUUUCUGCAUAGACUGACAUAAUUUGACUAUCAUGCAUUUAUGUUUUGUUACUAAUUAAAAUUGUGUUUGAAAUCAUUACUAUAAUGUUGGAAUUCAUAUUAUAUAUUUUCAUUUGAGGAAGCCAUAAGAAAUUGUAUUUGUUAUGCCCAGGUGCAAUGAGUAUUCAACUGUUAGUAUGGUUUUUUUUUCUGUAUAUUAUAAUUGAAUAUACUUAUUAUUUGCAUGUUUUAAAAAAAAUCAUUUCGUUAGAUGUUCAGACACAGAGGUAAAAUCUUUUAUGAAUAUGUUAAUCUCACGACAUAUGCAAUAACAAUUUGGAAAAAAAGUUAACACACUUUCCAUUCUCAAUUUUACAUAAACUGACAUAACACAUAUUAAGUAAUUAAAAAAUAUUAUCAAAUUUCCAAAAUAUACAUUUAUAUCUGUUAAUACAUUAGAAACAGUCCUUAAAAUAAAAUCACUGUCCAAAAUUAGAUUUUGCUAAUUCAGUAACUUGUUAAAGCGUUGGUGUUUACAAACAUAAUAUUCCCACGUGUACGAGUUUAUGGGAGUAUGUUAAAACUUCUCAGUAAAAAUUGAUGUUAUUGAAAUUUUAUAAUUGUCAUAUUAAAAAUCUUCAUUUAGAAUGAUAUGAACAAUAAAAAUGUAAUUCAGUUUUACAAUUUAAUAACUGAGAAGCAACAUAACAAAUAUGUAAAAAAUCAAUAUUUAAGUUUCGUAUCAAUAAUUUAUUAACUGAUUUUGUUGAUUAUAGUCAUUUAUUUUCGACCUAAGUAAUAUUUCUCAAAGUUUAGUAAUGAAUUUAACGCAAAAGAACUUUGUUGUUUUCGUUUGCAAAAUAUGAAGAUUUGGCAAUUAAACACAUCACAGAGAUGGAUCUUUGUUUCGGACAACAAUUGUCAUUUUCAAGUUUUGCUUUACUCAUUUUGUACAAUUUUCAGUAUUUAUGUUUUCAUUAACCUUUCGCUCAUCUCUGUACAAUGUUUUUCAUUAAAGUUAGUAUAAAACUCCGGAAA